AUGUACAGCGGGCUGUGCAUCUGCGUGCUGCUUGCCGUGCUCUCGGUGAGCUCCUUCGGGCAGCAGGCUCGGGGCUCGCACGAUGGGUGCGCUCUGCCCGCCGAGCUGGAGCGGAGCCCGGCGCAGCAGCAGCGGCACUCCCGCGCUCCCUCUGCCGGGCCCCUGAAACCCCUGCCGCGGCUGGAGGCCGGCAGCGACCAAAGAGCCAACAUCGGCGCCCUGCUGGCCAGGUAUCUCCAGCAAGCCAGAAAAGGUUCCACUGGAAGAUUCUCAGUAAUGGGAAACAGGGUACAGAGCAUUGAUCCUACUCACAGGAUAAAUGACAGAGACUACAUGGGCUGGAUGGAUUUUGGACGCCGCAGUGCUGAAGAGUACAAGUAUUCUUCCUGA